AUGUCCUUCUCGAUUGAAGGAGAUGGUCGUCUUGACCUUAAACAGCGCGUCCAGGAUAUAGAUAACGACAACUGGAAAGAAGGCCACACUCGAGUCGCCGGCCAAAAACGCUUCAAGUCUUCGCAAAAAGUCAGCUUAAAAGAGCGCAUUAAGCAUUUGACCUGGGCUUGGUCAACUUUUGUUAUGAGCACGGGUGGUGUCGCGUUGUUACUGCAUUCUACGCCACACAAGUUUCGAGGGCUGGAGGUUAUCGGGAAGAUCUACUAUAUUCUGACAAUAGUACUAUUCCUAUGUCUCGUCUCAGGUCUUGUUUUACGAUUUACAACCACACCGGAUGCACUGAAGAAGAGUUUGAUGCACCCGACUGAGAGUCUCUUCUUUCCAUGCUUUCUGCUCAGCAUUGCGACUAUUAUAUCGAAUGCAGGUGCUUAUGGUGUUCCUUCGGCAGGGCCCUGGUUGGCUGAUGCGCUAAGGGUGUGUUUCUGGAUCUAUGCUGGUGUCACCAUCUUAUCGGCUAUAGUCCAGUACUUUGUCCUCUUUACUGGAGCUCAUCUUCCUAUUCAUUCCAUGACACCCGCUUGGAUUUUGCCCAUCUUCCCAAUUAUGCUUACCGGAACCCUUGCGUCAUCUCUCAUGUCUACGCAAAGUUUGGAACAUCGAAUGUCGAUGCUGGUGGCUGGCGUGACUUUCCAGGGCCUCGGAUGGACUGUUGCAUUCCUCAUAUACCCGUUGUACGUGGGUAGACUGAUGCAAGAUGGGUUACCAGCGCCAGCGAUGCGACCUGGUAUGUUUAUUGCUGUCGGUCCGGCAGGAUACACCUCCGUGGCCAUCAUUGGCAUGUCUAGGGCACUUCCGGAAGGUUAUGGCUAUUUCGCGACGCAUCCGAUGGCACAAGAUGUUCUUAGGAUAAUAGCGCUAUGGCUUAGUAUAUGGAUAUGGUGUGUUGGGUUCUGGUUUUUUGGAUUCGCCCUCCUUUCAGUACUGUCAUCUGCGUUCAAGCGCAAGCUGCAGUUUAGCAUGACUUGGUGGGCUCUUGUUUUCCCCAACAUCGGUUUUACCCUUGCUACAGGAAACAUUGGACAAGAGCUUGAGAGUGAAGGAAUUCAGUGGGUUGCAAGCGUCAUGACGGUAAUGCUGGUUAUUAUGUGGUUCGUUGUGCUGUAUGGAAUGGUAUCAGCAGUUGUUCGCAAGAAGCUUCUUUGGCCUGGGCGGGAUGGGGAUGAGUCCUAG